GCGCCGCGAACACCGCACAGCGCCGUCCUCGCUCAUCUAUAUGGCCGACUUUAGCCAGCCGCUGCCAGGGACUGCCGGUGCACUUGACAACAACGGAUCCGUGAAAGAGACGCUGAAGUCUGUCCUCACGCGUGAAUUUUGGCGGAAUGCCGCCGAGAGUCUGAGCAGUGAAAAGGCGCUCCCAGCCAGCCAGCUGCCUCGGUCCUCGCGCCAUAUCCCGUCCUCGACCCACUCCCCGACUGUCGCCCCCACAGUCGCCCUCACCCGCACACGUUCGAGCCACUCCCCCCGCUGCCAAGGCGCUGCGGUAUCGCACACUUGCAAAGUCGGCGCUCAACCCGCUCGAGUUCUCCAAGCCGGCACAGGCUGAGGUGCUCCCUCGCGUCAUCAGCAACGGCUUCAAGUUCCUGCCCAUCUACACGGUCGCAGUCGGAGUUCCGCUGGCGCUGUACACGCUGCUCUCUUCCUGGUGGCUCUGUAUCGGCGCCUUCGCCAUCUGCGGCACGUGGGGGUUCGCAUACGGGAUGAGGCGCGAGGCCGCAUCCCUCGACAUCGCCGGCGUGCCGGUGCCCAAGCCGCUCGCUUGCGGAGGCGCCUCGCUGCUGCUGAUGCUCCUCACCGGGAUGAUCUCCGCCUUCGCCUACGCCGCGGUGCUUGGCGCAGUCGUCGCGCUGCCACACGCGGCGCUUCACAAGGCUACCCUCCUCCUCCCCAAAGAUCCGCCGAGAUCCGCCGAGGAUCGCCGAGAUUCGCCGAGAUUAAGCAGGGCUUGUUGACGCCAGGUGCCCGAGGCGGGCGGCUUCGACGAGGAGUCUGCUGCGCUCAACGCAGCCAUCCCAGCCGCGUCGAUCGUUGCGUGAGAUGUGUGUGUGUGUGUGUGUGUGUGUGUGUGUGUGUGUGUGUGUGUGUGUGUUGUUUUUGACCGCGUAAGAUAAAGGGUGGCUUAAGGC